CGAAAGCUGUUCCUGGCUGCAGACUGCUGCUCCGCCGAUUCUCAUGCAAGAGGAUGGGUGUGACUCGCCGGGAGGCUGGCCUCCACCGCCCUGCUUAAGUACACUAUUGAAUUACCUUCCUCUUUGCCAUGCCCCCUUCUGCCAGAGGGAGCCCAGGAGGAGAGAGAGCGUGUCAGGAGCCGGCGAUCUGCUCAGUGGUGCAUUUGGGGUGGCAGGGGAAAAAAGGAGGAGAUAAGAAGUAAUGAUGGCUGACGCUGAAGCAGACGUGGGACUCCCCUCUAUUGAGAGGAAGCCAGGCCUCCAGAUAUGGACCAUAGAGAAAAUGAAAAUGGUGCCUCUUCCUGAGAAGGCCUACGGGAGUUUUUUUGAAGGGGACUGUUACAUCAUCUUAAACAACACGAAGACACGUUCCGGAUUCGCCACGGACCUGCACUACUGGAUAGGGCGCGAUUCCUCCCAGGACGAACAAGGCGCGGCUGCUUUCUAUGUGACUCAGAUGGAUGACCUGCUCGGCGGGAACCCCGUCCAGCACAGAGAAGUGCAGGGGCACGAGUCGGCAGCCUUUAAAAGUUAUUUCAAGAACGGCAUCAUCUAUAAGAAGGGAGGAGUUGCUUCGGGGUUCAAGCAUGUGGAGACCAACGUGUACAAUAUCAAACGCCUCCUUCACGUCAAGGGGAGGAAACACGUCUCGGCUACAGAGGUAGAUCUCUCCUGGAACAGUUUCAACAAAGGUGACGUCUUCCUGUUGGACCUCGGCAAAGUCUUGAUUCAGUGGAACGGUCCCUCGUGCAACGUUGCAGAGAAAUCAAGGGGCAUGGUCUUGGCGCGAAGUAUCCGGGACGGCGAGAGGGGUGGCCGUGCUCAGAUUGGCGUUGUCGACAAUGAGAAGGACUGCCCAGACCUCAUGCAGAUCAUGAAAGCGGUACUGGGGGAAAGGCACGGAGAACUGCGGGAAGCGUUGCCUGACGAGAAAGCUGAUGAACUUCAGAAAGCCAAUGUCCGUCUUUACCACGUCUAUGAAAACGGGAAAGAUUUAGUAGUUCAAGAAAUUGCUACUCGGCCCCUGACUCAAGACCUCUUGCAGCAUGAGGACUGUCACAUUUUGGACCAGGGAGGUUUUAAAAUUUACGUCUGGCGUGGGAAAGACUCCAGCAAAGAAGAGAAGAAGGCAGCUUUCAGCCGAGCAGUGGGUUUCAUCCAAGCCAAAGGGUAUCCCCCCACCACGAACGUAGAAGUCAUGAACGACGGGGCGGAGUCAGCGAUGUUUAAGCAACUCUUCCAGAAGUGGUCGGAAAAAGACGAGACUCAGGGACUUGGCAAGACCUACAACGUUGGCAAAAUUGCCAAAGUGGAUCAAGUCAAAUUUGACGUCACGGAGUUGCACGCAAGACCGGAGUUGGCUGCUGAACAGCGGAUGGCAGAUGAUGCCUCUGGAAAUGUAGAGGUGUGGAGGAUUGAGGAUCUAGAAAUGGCUCCGGUUGCCCCCAGGACCUACGGGCAGUUCUAUGGCGGAGAUUGUUACCUCAUCUUGUACACCUACACAAAAUUAGGCAGGCCUCAUUACAUCAUCUAUAUGUGGCUUGGCCGCCACGCCUCAGCGGAUGAAAUCACUGCCUGCGCCUUCAAUGCUGUGGAGCUGGACAAAAAAUACGGGGAUGAGCCAGUGCAGGUUCGAGUGACGAUGGGGAAGGAGCCGAGACACUUCCUCUCCAUCUUCAAGGGGAAACUGAUCAUCUAUGAGGGAGGCACAAGUCGUGCCCAGAAGAGCGAGCCGGAGCCCGCCACCCGGCUCUUCCAAGUGAGGGGGACAGAUGAAUUCAACACCAAGACCGUCGAGGUCCCGGCACGAGCCUCCUCGCUCAACUCCAACGAUGUCUUCCUUCUCAGGACCAACCAAAUGUGCUACCUGUGGUGUGGAAAGGGGUGCAGUGGGGACGAGAGAGAGAUGGCCAAGAACGUGGCCGACAUUAUCUCCAAGAGGGACAAGCAGACCGUGCUAGAGGGCCAGGAACCAGCGGAGUUCUGGGUCGCGCUUGGAGGCAAAGCCCCCUACGCCAGCGAUAAGAGGUUCCAAGAGCAGUUUGCCCAGUACCAGCCCCGCUUGUUCGAGUGCUCCAAUCAGACGGGCCGGUUCAUCAUGACGGAGAUUGUGGAUUUUUGCCAGGAUGACUUGGACGAGGAUGACAUCAUGUUGCUGGACACCUGGGAGGAGAUUUUCCUUUGGGUUGGCAAAGCUUCCAACGACUAUGAGAAGAAGGAGUCCAUGACCUCAGCCAAAGAGUACCUGAAGACCCACCCAGCGGGAAGAGACUUGGGGACACCGAUUAUUGUGGUGAAACAAGGUCACGAACCCGUCAACUUCACGGGCUGGUUCACCGCUUGGGACCCGUACAAGUGGAGUGAUGGCAAGUCAUCCUACGAGGAGAUUAAGAACAGCUUGGGAAAAGUAGCCACCAUUUCGGAGAUCACCAUGGACCUGAAAAAUGCCAAUCUGAACAACAGGAACGCCAGCAGUAAGCCUGCCCCCAAUUCAGCCGUUUCGGAGACUGAAAGGAGGUCGCCAGUACACCAACCGCCCUCCAGCAACGGUGGCGGCAGCAGCGGCAGCUACAACAACAACCCCACCUCCGUGGAAACCAAUGGGACUGGCGCAUAUCACAGAGAUGCUUUGAUCAACAAGACGGUAGAUGACCUUCCAGAGGGAGUGGACCCCACCAAGAAAGAGUACUACCUGUCUGACGCAGAUUUUUAUGACAUCUUUGGGAAGACCAAGGACGAAUUCUACCAGAUGCCCAGGUGGAAGCAGCAGAAUGAGAAGAAACAAUUUGGACUCUUUUGAGCGAAGGAGCUUUCGGCCUGCACACCUGCCUGCCGGCUGGCUGGCUCCUUAGAACUCAUUUUGGGAUAACUCCACAGGUGUGGGAGGAAGUGAGCCUGGAUAAAAGGUGCUUCCCUCCAUCAUCGCCCCCACUACCAAAAAGGACUAUUUAAAGAAACCUCUCUCUCUCUCUCUCUCUUGAAAUCAGUUUUGUCAAAGGCUUGGUAGAUUAUUUCCUUCCCCCUGCACCUGUGCCACUGAAAGCCACCUCCUUUGCCUGUCAAGCUUUUUAUAAUUUAUCUGUGCAGAGAGAAAGUUCCUUGCAUUUGAUGAGUUUGGAAAUCCAGGGAUUCCACGUGAAGUUGUAAGCUUCAGGCAAUGUUGAAGGCAAAUGAAAGACUGGCCUCUAGGGCUAAUUCUGGAUUCUUUGGAAGUUUGGAAGGGGGAAAGUCUCAUUCUCUCUCUCUCUCUCUCUCUCUCACACACACACACACACACACAUUGAAAUAUACUUGGAGUCGAGAGUGACUUUCAUGCUCUUUAUUCAGCUCAUAGUGGUGAAGAGGAAUGAAUGUUUCCCCAAAGUAUCUGCUUUAUAUACAUUAUUUACACAAUGGGCUGCACGUGAUUGGCUAAUUCCGGGAUUCUCCUGUAGGCCAAUCAGGUUGUGGAUUCACUUCUACCUGGAGCUGGAUUGGGUGGCUCCUGCGGACCAAUCAUACUGCUGCAUUGUUCUAGGACCAAUCAGACUGCUGCAUUCUGAAUCCUAUUGUUCUAGGACCAAUCAGACUGCUGCAUUUUGGAUCCUAUUGUUCUAGGACCAAUCAGACUGCUGCAUUUUGGGUCCUAUUCAACUCAGUACAUAACACACAUACACCCCCCCUUAGUUAUGCAGCAACUGGCCUCCAAUCUGAAGGCAUGGAAUUGAAUAGCCUGACCCAUCCUCUCCUCCUCCUUUGUAAAGCAGCGCUGAGUGCAGUUGCCUCAGGCGGCAGAUGCCGAGGGGCAGGCGGCAACAGCAAGAUGCCGGGAGGACAGACCCCCAUAAGUUGCCCUCUGGUACAGUAGAGGACAAUUUCCACCCCAUUGCCCCUGUUGAAGUUCAGUCUGGUUGGCUUCCCUACAUGGAAUUGAGAGGAGAGCGCCAUCUUGUCCUUUGCCUCAGGCGGCCGUGUUUUGGGCUAGUCCUUGUGCUCGCAAGGAACCCCAAAGCAUCCGUUUGGGUACCACUAGAAACAAUUCUCACUUUUCUUUCUUCUCUCUCUUAUGAAGCCAGGAUUGGGAAGGAAGGCAGCACACCAGUGGCCUCAUCUGGGGCCAGGGGAAAUUGUAUCGCUCACGUUUUGUUGUGUUUUUGGAGCGGUUAAGGGAUAUGAAGAGGAGGGAAUCCCACGUGAACUGUCUGGGGUCACAGUCUUGACUAUAGUUGCUAAAUUUAUCAUUAUUAUACUGCCAGUCAAACUAGGAGUGCGAUGCUGAAGUAACCGCUCUCAUUUCGCUGGCAAAUAAGGAUGUGAGGGAUUUGGGUGAAUAUGACAAUAUGACUAUCAGGAUAUGAUCAAGCUUCCUAGAGAGUCUUAAAUAAUGAGAAUUGUAGGUCUUGGGCUUAACGUUUGUGGUACCCUAGAUUGCUCCAUGAAUGUUUAUGGUACCCUAGAAGUGUAAGGUUGUGCCCUGAGGGUUGCAACUCCACACAGCUUUUCUCCUCAAGGAUUAAUGGCACCUUUUCUCAUCCAAGGCCUUUCAGAGACUACAUCCAGAAAAAAACAGCACCAGCGGCAAAGGAAUUCACACAUUCCCCACAAUUUCCAUCACAACCACCUGCGGCCAUUUCACUUUGUUCAUUUCCGUGCCAUGAUUUCGAAAUAAAACAAAUCACAGUGA